GUCUUAUCAAUUUUUCUCUGUUGGCGAGAGUAAGUGGGCGUACAUCUGGGAAUCUUAAUUUGAUUAUUAGCUUGAGUCUUCUCUUCUUUUUUACGCGAUCUCGCCGAAUCAGUAUGGCUCAGAAACCAGCAACGUAUAAAAAAUUAGUAGUCCAGAAGCUUACUUCAAACUUCCGCGAAGCUGUUACUAUAGAAACAGUAAAUAUAUGCCACCCUGAAAAAGGUGAAAUAUGCAUCAAAAACAAAUAUGUUGGUAUCAACGCAACUGACGUCAACAUAACAAAAGGGAGAUACUUUGUGGAAGGAAAAGUUCCUUUUGAUAUCGGCUUCGAGGGCGUUGGAGAAGUUGUCGAAGUGGGAGAGGAAGUGGAAAAUUUCAAAAUUGGACAGAAUGUUGCAUAUAUGUCUUCAAAGCUUGGAGCAUAUGCUGAAUAUCUUUGCGUACCAGCAGCUGGAGUAUUUCCCAUACCAGAAGCUAAACCUGACUACGUAGUCCUCUUAGUAAGCGGGCUCACAGCUUCCAUUGGUUUGGAUAAAGCAGCCCGCAUUACUGAAGCGGAUACUGUUCUCGUUACUGCUGCUGCUGGAGGGGCUGGACAUAUUGCGGUUCAAUGGGCCAAAGCUGCUGGUUGCCAUGUCAUAGGAACUUGUUCAACUGCAGAGAAGGAAAAAAUUUUAAAAGAAUUCGGUUGCGAUCGUAUAAUUAACUACAAGACAGAAGACCUCGACGAAAUUCUCUCCAAGGAAUAUGAGAAAGGAAUAUCCGUUAUUUGGGAAACUAUAGGAGGUAAAGUGUUUGAAACUCUGUUCAAACAUUUGAGCGAGAAGGGUAGGCUUAUAAUUAUUGGGGGCAUCUCUUCGUAUAAGACGGAAAACAAAGAAGCUUUAGCAAAAGUGGACCUUUCUUCCAUUCCAGAAAUGUUACUCUUCAAAUCUGCAGCUCUUCAAGGAUUUCUAGUGCUACACUAUGCUGAAUGUUUUGGAACAUAUUUUAAAUAUCUAAGCGAACGUCUCGAAAAUGGAGAACUGAAGGCAGUUUGCGAUACAGGAAAGGAUUCUACAGGAACAGAAUUCUUUGGAAUGGAAGGGAUUAUAAAAGCAGUAGAGCACCUGCAUAGCGGAAAAAGUAUCGGAAAAGUUGUUGCCAGGAUUUCCUGAAGCUAUGUUUAUUGCAUUGUUUUUUCAUAAGCAUAACUAAAAAACAAAUUGUAUGAAUACUGUCCUUGCAAAAUCCAAAAUAAAGCUACCAUACAAAAAUUGUAAA